CGCUGUCCAGCGGAAGGUGGCCACAGCGGGACGUCGCGCGCGCUUCAACAUGGAUUCCUGCGUCCGCGCACUUUGCAUGACUUUUGUCCUGGCGUCGUUCACCCGGAGGUCAGGUGCGGUGGGGCCGGUGAUCCGGUGCGAGCCAUGUGACGAGGCGGCUCGGCUCCUCUGCAAACCUCUGGCCAAGGACUGCGCCGAGAAGGUGCGCGAGCCGGGCUGCGGCUGCUGCCUGACGUGCGCGCUCAGCUUCGGGCAGCCGUGCGGCGUGUACACCGGGCGGUGCGGAUCGGGACUGACGUGUCAGCAUCAGCCCGGGGAGACUAAACCUCUGCAGGCGCUGCUGGAGGGGCGAGGGAUUUGUGCCAACGCCAGUCACAGACGACCCCCGGAGAGACCGGUGGCGCCGGUCAACGAGCUGUCAGAGACAGUGGAGACUCAGGACGAGGAGCGGAACUCCACCAGUUCAGGCAUUCAGACAUUAUACGACACCCACAGACCGGUCGGACCUCUGCGACAUCCACUGCACCCCCUUUUCCCUUCGGCAAAGUCGGAAUUCCUCCGGCGAGAGCAGCAGAAGAGAGCCCAGAGUUUCAAAAUGGAGGAGCUGCCGGGACGGUUCAUCCCAGACCAGCAGAACUUCUCUCUGGAGAUCAAGCAGGAGCCGGAAUAUGGACCCUGUCGGAGAGAGAUUGAGAGCAUUCUCAGCAGCCUGAAGAUUACAGACAUUCUCAACCCCAGAGGUUUCCGCAUACCAAACUGUGACAAGAAAGGCUUCUAUAAGAAAAAACAGUGCCGUCCGUCCAAGGGCAGAAAGAGAGGCUUCUGUUGGUGUGUGGACAAAUACGGGCAGCCCCUGCCAGGUUUUGAUGGAAAAGAGAGAGGAGCUGCUGAUUAAAACAACCAGAGAGUCAUUAGGAGCGGCGCAGAGGCGGGGAGGGGGAGAGCGAAAGAAUUGUAAACAAAAAAAAAAAAAAAAAAAAGACACUGAGGAUAUUGGGAGAGAGGUGCAGAGAUGGCGCGGCCGAUAUUUGGAUGUUUGCUAUUCCUGUCUCUGGCCUGUGGGACCUUUGCGAAGGCAGAGCAGGAGUCACCAGGGGAAAAACUCUUGUCCACCACGGGUGGAUUCUUCAUAAGCUGUUUUGGAACCUGCACAACUUUGGAGACUGUUCACGUCUACAUUUACGCACAGUUUGGUGGCAUUACACAUGCUUGUGAUUUGUUAUGAUGUUUUGUAUGUUUCGUCACGUGAGGUCCGAGUAAAUGUGUUUCCAGAGUAAGCAUGCACUGUCUUACACUGACUUGAUGUUUCCCCCGACGCUUCAUGACCGUGCAGCUCCGACACCACAGCUACGCUAAUGGAUCCUCACUCCAGAGGGACGUUCCUUCUCCUUAUCAUCGCUGUGGUUGUUAUUUUCGCAUAAGCUGAGAUGCGUUGUCUCGGAUCUCUGUGUAGUCAGUGAUCGAACUAUUUACCAGGUUUACUGUAAGUAACUAUGCUGUGUGCAUGUACAAUGCAACCCUCAGAGGUCUAUUUUUUACUUAAUAA